GUCCCUCCUGCUUGGAGCCAGAUUUCUGUCAUGGCCAUGGAUAAAUAGGCCCCUUCUGCAUUCACCAUUUUCCACCCAUUACCUAAUCUGCCUACACUGAAUGCGUCACUUCACAUUUAAAAUAAAAGGGGCAGACUGAGAUUAGAACCGGAGUGAAAGUGAGGGUGCGGCGACAUCCGAGAGCACUGGGGUCAUCCUAGCCUGCUCCUGUCCCCCCUGCUGCUGCUACUGCUGCUGCUAGGGCUCCAUAUAUAGUUCUUGACAACUGUGAUUACGGCUGGAGCUUUCAGCUCUUUGCCUGUCUCAUUCCCACUUCUUAGUCAAAGCACAGAUUGCCGGGCAGUGCUUCCUUUCCUCUACAGUGGUCGUUAGGCAAGAUGGCUGAAAAACAGGAAGAGACCCAACCUGCCCAGAAUGGUGAAAAUGCUGCGAAUGCCGAAAAUACAGAAAAUACAGAAAAUACAGAAAAUACAGAAAAUACAGAGGAGACAGAAAAGCCCAAAGAGCUGGAGGAGCUGCCACCGUUUGAAAUUGUAACAGGAGAACGGUUUCCAGCCUUCUUUUUCAAAUUCCAAUUCAAGAACGUAGAAUACAGUUCAGGAAGAAACAAGACCUUCCUAUGUUACAUCAUAGAGAUUCAAGGCAAGGAGUCGACGACUUUACGGGGUUACCUGGAGGAUGAACAUGCAGCAGCCCAUGCAGAAGAUGCCUUCUUCAAUAACAUCCUGCCCACAUGUGAGUCUGGUCUGCGCUACAGUGUCACCUGGUACGUCUCUUCUAGCCCUUGCAUGGCCUGUGCUGAUCGGAUAACUAAGGCAUUGCAGAAAAAUAAGAACCUGCGCCUCUCCAUCCUGGUUGGCCGUCUUUUCAUGUGGGAGGAGCCUGAGAUCCAGGCUGCCCUGAAAAAAAUGAAGGCAGCAGGUUGCAAAAUGAGAAUAAUGAAACCUCAAGACUUUGACUACGUCUGGAAGAAUUUUGUAGAGCAGGAAGAGGGUGAGGAGGCAAAGGCAUUUGUGCCCUGGGAGGAUAUUCAAGAGAACUUCCAGUUUUAUGAAGAAAAGCUUGCUGAACUUUUGCAGUGAAGUUCAAGGCCUGCUUGUACAAGAUCUGCCAGUCCUAUGGAGAGACAACCAUGAUAUACUUUGACAUCUGGGACUCUCCCCUCAGUCCUCCAAAGCUACUCUCAAACAGAAAACACUACCGCACGUCUCUAGUUAACAUGCUGUCGUGCUGACUAAAAAUACCUUUCCCAUGCUGCAUGGAGGGAUUUGGCUGCCUGAAACAUAUAAGGCUGCCCCGCUAAAAAAGCAAAAGCAUUGUGCUGUGGAAUGAAGUUAAAGCUCUGCUGUGCAAAGUUCUUUCAUCUUUUAAAACUUCAGUGGGAAAAGGUGGAUUGCACCAAAAACCUUUCUUUAAAAUAAUACUGCUAAUUAAAUCAGUGUAGGGAAAUGUACAUUUUGAAUAAUACAGAUCUUUUCAAAAAGGCAAUGAGUAUAUAAAUGUGUUCUUCUUUCUUCCACCUUGUACAACUAAAAUCCAUAGUUUAAUAUUCUGUUUAAAUGGUCUGUAACCAAUGUUAAGAAGUAACACUCGGCACCUCAAAUAUUCAUAUUGUAAACAGGGCAAAUAAGAAAAUAAAACAAGUUGCUGAACCCUUUGCUGAA